GGGAUUGUGCUGGAGAGAGGGGGAAAGGGAAAGAAAACGGAGGACGUGUUAGAAGGCACCCCCAGGAUAUGCAUUUACCGCAGACACUCAGCCGGCUGGCGCCUGAAAGCUUCCCCUGGCAACCCUGCUCAGCAAGACACCUGUGCUCUGUUCCCACAGGCAGCCUGAAAAAAUGGGCAACCUGCGGCCGGGAAGCGUCAACUCCCAGCGGGUGCCUUUCAAGAAAUAAUGAUCACUUUUUGGCAGUUCAUCAGAAGAAGAGUGGGAAGCCAGCAUUCGUUUAUCAUCAUUCGCAAGAUCUUGAGAAGAGUCUGGAUAUAGCUCCACAAAAGAUAUAUAGGCACAGCUACCAUUCCUCUUCUGGCGCUCAGAUAAGCAAACAGCACCCAAUUGUUAAUUCAGCAUUUCCUAGACCUGCAUAUGACCCAUCUCUCAAUCUGUUGGCCAUGGCUGGUCAAGACCUUGAAGUGGAAAACCUUCCAAUCCCAGCAGCAAAUGUAAUUGUGGUGACACUGCAGAUGGAUGUAAACAGGCUGAACAUAACCUUGCUUCGGAUAUUCCGCCAAGGAGUGGCCGCAGCAUUAGGACUCUUACCCCAGCAAGUGCACAUCAAUCGCCUUAUUGAAAAGAAGAACAGUGUUGAACUAUUUGUGUCUCCCGUAAAUCGAAAAGCAGGGAUCUCUGAUGCCCUGCCGUCUGAGGAGGUGCUUCGGUCACUGAAUAUCAAUGUUUUGCAUCAAAGUUUAUCCCAGUUUGGAAUUACAGACGUCUCCCCUGAGAAAAAUGUUUUACAAGGACAGCAUGAAGCGGACAAAAUCUGGAGCAAAGAAGGAUUUUAUGCUGUUGUCAUUUUUCUCAGCAUCUUUGUUAUUAUAGUAACGUGUUUGAUGAUUCUUUAUAGAUUAAAAGAAAAAUUUCAGCUUUCCCUGAGACAAGAUAAGGAGAAAAAUCAGGAGAUCCACCUGUCGCCCAUUGCAUUACAGCCAGUACCGUCCGAGGCGAAGAUAGGCAACAGCAUGGUCCAGCCUGAGCAGGCCCCGAAGAUACUAAAUGUGGUCGUGGACCCUCAAGGCCAAUACACCCCUGAGAUCAAAGCCUCCACCUCUGUCUGCCCUUCUCCUUUCAGAAUGAAGCCCAUAGGACUUCAGGAGAGACGAGGGUCCAACGUAUCUCUUACACUCGACAUGAGUAGCUUGGCUGUUGAACCCUUUGUGGCCACCCCAACCCCUCGAAAGGUAGCAAUGGAGUAUCUGCAGUCAGCCAGCCGAAUUCUCACAAGGUCACAGCUGAGGGACGCCGUGGCAAGUUCGCAUUUACUCCAAAGUGAAUUCAUGGAAAUACCAAUGAACUUUGUGGAUCCCAAAGAAAUUGAUAUUCCACGCCAUGGAACUAAAAAUCGUUAUAAGACUAUUUUGCCAAAUCCCCUCAGCCGAGUAUGUUUAAGACCAAAAAAUGUAACGGAUUCUUUGAGCACCUACAUUAAUGCUAAUUAUAUUAGGGGCUACAAUGGCAAAGAGAAAGCAUUCAUCGCCACCCAGGGUCCCAUGAUCAACACAGUGAAUGAUUUCUGGCAGAUGGUUUGGCAGGAAGACAGUCCUGUGAUUGUUAUGAUCACAAAGCUCAAAGAGAAAAACGAGAAAUGUGUGCUUUACUGGCCAGAAAAAAGAGGAAUAUAUGGGAAAGUUGAGGUUCUGGUUAUCAACGUCAAAGAAUGUGAUAACUAUACUGUUCGAAAUCUUGUCUUAAAGCAAGGAAGUCACACCCAACAUGUGAAGCAUUACUGGUACACUUCAUGGCCGGAUCACAAGACUCCGGACAGUGCCCAGCCCCUUCUACAGCUCAUGCUGGAUGUGGAAGAAGACAGACUCGCCUCCGCGGGCCGAGGGCCUGUGAUUGUCCACUGCAGUGCAGGGAUAGGCAGGACCGGGUGUUUUAUUGCUACAUCCAUUGGCUGUCGACAGUUGAGAGAGGAAGGAGUUGUGGACGCAUUGAGCAUCGUCUGCCAGCUUCGUGUGGACAGGGGUGGAAUGGUCCAAACCAGUGAGCAGUAUGAAUUUGUGCAUCAUGCUCUGUGCCUGUAUGAGAGCAGACUUGCAGCAGAAACUGUCCAGUGAUUCUCUGAAGAUUUACCAGACCAUCAGUCUCUAGGGUGAUGAAUCAAUUACCCACUUGAAGCUUCCAAAAGGAGCUUCCUGCAAUAGAAGGAAAGAGAAGCCGUGAAGCCAAGCUGGGGCGUGGAUUGUGGAAGAUGGCAACGGAUGCAAGAUUGCCAGCCUCUUGUGUAUAUGAAUGCAUUUGUAAGCAUCCCCUAAAUUAUUCUGAAGGUCCUGUGCCGAUGGAGGUAUUAUUGAUUUCUCACACAGCUAAGGAGGAUUUUGUUUUGUCUGUAUUGACUAUCUGCUGCACAGAAUAUACGUAGGAAAUACUCAGUGAUAUAUGUCAUCAGGUGAUGACUUGAAGAGCUGCUGAAGAAAUUAUUAUUGUGUAUUUAGAUGCUUUAAUGUUUGCAAAAUCUGUCUUGUGAGUGGACUGUCAGCUGUUAAAACUGUUCCUGUUUUAAGUGCUAAUUCCUUUCUCAGUUACCAGAAUCUUGCCGCUAAAGUUGCAAGUGAUUGACAAUGGAUUUUUAACAAAUAAGUCCUUGUUUUUGAAAAAAAAAAAAAUCAAAAGCAGUAACUAUUUUAUAUGGAAAUGUGUCUUGAAAAUAUUACCUAUUAUGUGUGUAUUUAUCAGUACCUCGUAUCAAUCAAUUACAGAGCACAAUGAUUGUCAUUGGAUAUAUAUGUAUUUAUUCUCUCCUAUUGGGCAUAGAGGUGGUUUCUGCUCCAAAACUCUAUCCACUGUAUUUCUACAUGGUGAGUCAUUUUACUUUCAAAGAGAAAAACAAAUUUGUAGCAACUACAGUGUAUUACAAAUUUUAAACACUUGUCUCUCUUUUACUAAGAAAUCAUUUUUGAAUAUACCAUCUACCUGGAAUCUCUCUCCCAGUAAAAGGCAGAUGCCUUUGGGAAUGAUGGAGCCUGUCCCAUUUCCAGAGGUUCUUCAAAAGGAUGCUGCCAUGGAUAUCCUUAAAUUUCUGAAAGGAUUUCAUCCUCAAGAGACAAAUGAAGUCUAAAACAAACAAACUAACAAAAAAAACAAAACCUACACUCGGCAAACACUAGAUGUUCUGCUCAAUAUGAAUUUUUAAUGCAGCUAUGUUGACUUUGUUUCCUACUGCCAAUAAACUACUCUUAAUACUAAA